CUGAAGCAAACUAUCUUAAUACUUCUUCCAUCACUAUCAAGUUGUGGAGCAUCAAAAUACACAUUUGGUAAAACAGGGCUUUUAUUUUUACGACCUCGGCCCGGAAGUCCCUCCUCUGAUCCUGGUCAUCUUGACUCCUGUCUGGUCCGCGCUCCGGUCGCGCUCACAGCUGAGCUGAGGGUGGUAGUUGGGAUCAGCACGACCACCGAGCAGCCCUGAGUCUCUGUCCGGAUCCCUCAGGAUGCAUGGGGGCAAGAGAGGACUGGUGGCCCCGCAGAACACUUUUCUGGAGAACAUUGUCCGGCGCUCCAGCGAAACCAGUUUCCUGCUGGGAAACGCUCAGAUCGUUGAGUGGCCGGUCGUUUACAGCAACGAUGGGUUCUGCAAGUUGUCAGGAUACCACAGAGCGGAGGUCAUGCACCGGAGCAGCACGUGCAAUUUCAUGUACGGUGACCUGACCGACAAGAAGACGAUAGACAAAAUCCAAAGGACCUUUGAUAACUACGAGUCUGACUUCUAUGAGGUGCUGCUCUACACAAAGAAUAGAACGCCAAUAUGGCUUUACAUGCAGGUCGCUCCAAUCCGAAAUGAAAAUGACAAGGUGGUGCUGUUCCUCUGCACCUUCAGAGACAUCACGCUGUUCAAACAGCCGAUUGAAGAUGAAACAACCAGAGGAUGGACAAAGUUUGCCCGACUGACGCGGGCACUGACCAACAAUCGCAACCUGGUGCAGCAGAUAGCACCGCUGAGCAAGACUGAGGUCAGCCAAAGGCCCUCCAGACUGGCAGAGGCUCUCCAGCUGGGAUCAGACAUCAUGCCUCAGUACAAACAGGAGGCCCCCAAGACCCCGCCACACAUCAUCCUCCACUACUGCACCUUCAAGACCACCUGGGACUGGGUCAUCCUCAUCCUCACCUUCUACACCGCCAUCAUGGUGCCCUAUAACGUCUCUUUUAAGACCAAACAAAACAACUUGGUUUGGCUGGUGCUGGACAGCGUGGUGGACGUCAUCUUCCUGAUCGACAUCGUGCUUAACUUCCACACCACCUUCGUGGGUCCAGCUGGGGAGGUCGUUUCAGACGCAAAGCUGAUACGAAUGAACUACCUGAAGACAUGGUUUGUUAUCGACCUGCUGUCCUGCCUGCCCUAUGAUAUCAUCAAUGCCUUUGAAAAUGUGGACGAGGAUGCCGUGACAUCUGCACUUUCAUCAGGUCAUCACAGUGACUCUUCACAUUUCCACAGGAAUACCACACGGGCAGAAGACUCUGUUCUCCCAGGUCUCAGCAGCCUCUUCAGCUCCCUGAAGGUGAUCCGCCUGCUCCGUCUGGGCCGCGUUGCCCGGAAGUUGGACCACUACCUGGAGUACGGAGCGGCGGUCCUGGUUCUGCUGGUGUGUGUCUUCGGCCUUGUGGCUCACUGGCUGGCCUGCAUCUGGUACAGCAUCGGGGACUACGAGGUUAUCGACGAGACCACCAACACCAUCAAGACAGACAGCUGGCUGUACCAGCUGGCCCUGAGCAUCGGGACUCCUUACCGCUACAACACCAGCGGUACGGGACAGUGGGAAGGUGGUCCCAACAAGGACACGCUGUACAUUUCUUCUCUCUACUUCACCAUGACGAGUCUCACCACCAUCGGGUUUGGCAACAUCGCUCCGGCCACGGACGGCGAGAAGAUCUUCUCUGUGGCAAUGAUGAUGGUGGGCUCGCUGCUCUAUGCAACCAUCUUUGGAAAUGUCACCACCAUCUUCCAGCAGAUGUACACCAACACAAACCGCUACCAUGAGAUGCUCAACAACGUGCGCGACUUCCUCAAACUCUAUCAGGUUCCCAAAGGUCUUAGCGAGAGGGUCAUGGACUUCAUCGUGUCCACCUGGGCCAUGUCGAAGGGCAUCGACACGGAUAAGGUUCUCUCAAUUUGUCCCAAAGACAUGCGGGCAGAUAUCUGCGUCCACCUCAACAGGCAGGUGUUCAAUGACCACCCGGCGUUUCGUCUGGCCAGCGACGGCUGUCUGCGCUCUCUGGCUGUGGAGUUUCAGACCACGCACUGCGCACCCGGAGACCUCAUCUUCCACAUCGGAGAGAGCGUCGACACCCUCUGCUUCGUGGUCUCCGGUUCACUAGAAGUCAUCCAGGAUGAUGAAGUCAUUGCAAUACUGGGUAAAGGUGACGUGUUUGGGGACGUGUUCUGGAAAGAGAGCACGAUGGCCCGGGCUUGUGCAAACGUCCGAGCUCUGACUUACUGCGACCUGCACGUCAUCAGGAGGGACGCUCUGAUGAAGGUGCUGGAGUUCUACACCGCGUUCGCCAAUACGUUCUCCCGCAACCUCAUCCUCACCUGCAAUCUACGAAAACGGGUCAUCUUCAGAAAGAUCGCUGACGUGAAGCGGGAGCAGGAGCGCCAGAAGAGCGAGGUGACUCUCUCCAUUCCUGACGACCACCCAGUCCGCAAGUUGUUCCAGAGGUUCAGGCAGCAGAGAGACGCUCAAACGGACGGAGAGUCCCACGGUUACUAUGAUCACAACUGCGUGCUGGUGGAGCCGCAGCACCACCAUCACCCCGACUCAAACUCCUACACGCAGUGUCAGUCUGUAUCCUCUCAGCAGCUGGAGUACAGCUCCAACGUGCAGGCUAACGCGGCCUCCACAGGAGGAGGGAGUGCAGGUGGCAUGGCUGCACCUCCAAAAGCGUUGGUCAUCGCUGAGGCGCCGGAGAGAGGCUGCAAACAGGAGGCCGGGGAGUCUUUAUCAAUGCCUUGUGCUGAUAGUCAGAGGGUCAGAGGUCCUGUAAGGACCAGUGGUGCAGGUGGGGAGGGAGCUGUAGGCGGUGUAAAAGGCAGAGGUGGUCGAGGCUGGGCAAAGUUCAGAAACACCACUUCAGCUGCGCCACCGCCUCCUGCCGUCGAGGAAGAAAAGCAGCCACAAAAAGCAGAAGAGUUGCCAAAAGGAUCUGAAUCCUCCGAGCAGUUAACAGCUGCCGGCAAGACCCGGGAGUCUGAGGAGACGGGGAGUGCAGAGGGUGGCAACAAUGCAGGAGAAGCUGGUGAAGAAACAAGCGCCAUGCACAAAACGGACUCCUGUGACAGUGGCAUCACAAAGAGCGAUCUACGCAUCGACAGAGCCGGAGAUUCAAGAAACUCCUUUGAAAGGAGCCCGAUGGAAAGGAGCCCGAUGGAGAGGAACCCAUUUGAGCAGAGUCUCGGGGUCGACUCCCUCAAGCACUCUUUAGUUCAGCCGGCGUCUGAACAAACGUUGCUUCAAGCGACCCUGCACGAGGCCAAGCUGGAGCUGAAGGGGGACAUUCAGAACCUGAGCGGCCGCCUGUCGGUCCUCGAGUCUCAGGUGAGCGAGAUCCUCAGGCUGCUGUCAAUAAAAAGAAGACUGUCGCUGCCACCGACCUCUUCACCGAAGGCCAGACUGAAAAGUCAGGAAGCCACUGCCUGCAGACCUGCCACACCGGAAGUGGACGAUGGACCGUUUUGAAUUUAGUGUGCAUCAAUUUAAAGAAAAAAGAAGAGAACAUGGAUUUAGACACGCACCAGUUUGCAUGUCUUGCUGGACUCUGACCUGCCAAAGACAUUUGUUGCAUUAAACACUUGACUGCAUGCAGAAAAAAUCCCUGUAAUCUUACUUUAGCACUAUAAAACCCAGGGAUUAUACUAAAAGUCUUGAACGUAGGAGGCACUUUUAUGCUCUUGUGUAUGCCACAUUCAAAAAUGCCAAGAGGUACAGGAACAACUACUGAACAAACCACUUUUACUGUUACAUGUAUAGUUACGAAAUUAUUAUUAUUGUUAUUAUUAUUCUUUUUUUACCAGCAUUAUAAACCAGCGUAGAACUCCAUGGAUCAUGUUACAAUACUCCAAUGAGGGCUGUGGGUGAAACAUCUUAGACUGUAAAAAUCUGUUAAAAUAUUGAGGUCAAAUCUAUUUAAGUCCUGAGAGGCAAAUAAGAAAGAAGUUCUGAUGAGCCAUUUUUCAGUUUUCAGUUAUUGUUGUUUUUUUUUUUUUAAUGAGAAAUGUGAAAGUUUGACAGGUACAUAGAGUUAGCAAGAUUGUUAUCAGUCCUGUUAUAUCUUGUGCUCAAUGUGCAAAGGUGACUCAUUAACACUCACCUUUAGGAAAACAAAAAUGUUUUUUAGUUCACUUGAGAGCACAGUGAUGGCGCGCUUGAGCCUCUUGUGGCCAAAAUGAGUAUUACAAAAAAACAAGGCAAGGCCUGUUUAGCACAGUUCAGACACAAGGAAACUCAAAGUGCUUUACAGGGAAAUACAAAUAGCAUUAGAAUACAUUAAAAAAAAAAAAA